CAAAAAUGAGCGCCGCGACAGACGACUUCGACCAACCUGGAGACAAGGUGACGAGCCCAUGUUCGCUGGCGCAUGUGGUCUUGAGAACCGCCAACUUCCAGGCAAUGGUGGACUUCUACACGACUUUUCUAGGUGGCUAUGUGACUCAUGGAAACCCGUUCAUAUCCUUCAUCACUUACGAUGAUGAGCACCACCGGAUUGCAAUCGUCCAAAUUCCGGGCACUUCCCCAAAACAGAGACAAAGCAGCGGAUUAGAACACAUUGCAUUCGGCUUUCCUACCAUGCGCGACCUCCUCGUAGCAUAUCGACAACGCAAGAAGCAUGGUAUCGAUCCUAUCUGGGGCGUCAAUCACGGGCCGACGACCAGCAUCUACUAUCGAGACCCAGAUGGCAACAUGCUAGAGACCCAAGUCGACAACUUCGACACUAUCGAGGCUACCAACAAAUUCAUGAGCGGGCCGGAAUUUGCGGAGAACCCGAUCGGCACAGACAUUGAUAUUGAGGAGAUGAUACGGCGACUUCAGAGUGGUGAGGACGAUGCAUCCCUUAAGAAAAGAAUAGAGAUUGGGCCUCGAGAAGUGCCAGACCUUGAUGCCAUGUAG